AUGAACCCUAACGAACCCCCAAUCAUAGAUUUCACCCCCUUCUACGCCAACAAUUCAACCAAAGAAGACCUCAUCCACCAAAUCCGACAAGCAUGUAAACAAUUUGGCUUCUUUCAGCUAAUCAACCACCCCAUCCCAACCGAACUACAAACCGCAGUCCUACAACACUCAAACGAAUUCUUCAGCCUCCCCUUAGAAACAAAAGAGAAAUACAACCAAGCCACCGGCAGCUUCAACCGCGGAUACGAGCGCCUCCGCUCCCAAAAUUUCGAAAAACGCACAAAAGGCGAUCUCAAAGAAGGCUUCUAUCUCGGAAAAGACCUCCCCCUCGACGAUGAAUACGUGAUCCAACGACGCUUCGGCCAGGGUCCGAAUAAGUAUCCCUCCGAAGUCACCGACGCGAAAGGUUUCCGUCGCGUCAUGGACGAGUACCACGACGCCAUGAUCGAGCUUGCUGUAGCAAUCAUGGAAGUUCUCGCGCGCACGUUGGGUCUAAAUGAGGGUGUUUUCGGGGAUUUCUGUGAUCACCCCGUUUCCAUUCUUAGACUACUUCAUUAUCCGCCUCAGGAGGCUGAUGCGUCGGGUCUUGAGAGAGGAAUCGGCGCGCAUACAGACUUCGGCGCUAUCACCAUGCUCCUGCAGGAUGAUACGGGCGGGUUGCAGGUGUGGAAUAACCUCUCGUCUGAAUGGGUCGAUGUCACUCCUGUUCCUGGGGCUUAUGUUGUUAAUCUGGGGAAUAUGAUGAUGCGCUGGACGAAUAAUCGCUACUUAUCGAAUCUGCACCGGGUUAUUAAUACCAGUGGCAAAGAGCGCUUUAGUGUUCCGUUUUUCUUCUCUGGGAAUCCGAACUACACUAUCCGGUGUCUUCCUGGCUGUGAGGAUCCAGAGGAGGGAGCUAAAUACCCCCCGAUUACCGUUCAUGAAUGGAUGGUUGGAAGAUAUGCGGAUACCUAUGGGACUUCGGAGGGGAAGGCUAUUGGAGAAAUGCGGCAGGAGCCUGGGGAUGUGUGA